CUCUGCCCGACGCGUCCAUAUAUGCUCGCUCUGAGGACUUCGCGCGCGCCCUCUCUCUGCUAUCGCUCCCUGCAUCGCCCUGCUGCUCGGACGCCCCAUCGACGAACCGCUUUCGCGCGACUACUGACCACCAUGUCCGCGCAGACUGUCGAGAUCACCGUGCCCAAGACGGGCCGGAAGAUCCAGGUGCCCACCGGCCUCUUCAUCAACAACGAGUUUGUGUCAUCCGUCGAUUCGAAGGAGACCAUCGAGACCAUCAACCCCGCCACGGAAGAGGUGAUCUGCUCCGUCGUUGCAGGGUCCGCCGCAGACAUCGACCGCGCAGUUGCCGCCGCGCGUACGGCGUUCAAGACGACGUGGGGGAAGAACGUCACCGGCGUCGAGCGCUCCCGGCUCAUCAACAAGCUCGCGGACCUCAUCGAGCGCGACGCGCAGGAGCUCGCCGAGCUCGAGACCCUGAACAACGGCAAGCCCGUCCGCAUCGCACGGGACUUUGACAUCGGCGACAGCGUCUCGUGCCUGAGGUACUACGCGGGCUGGGCGGACAAGAUCGCAGGUCAGUCCCUGGAGGUUGACAACAAGAACAAGAUUGCGUUCACUCGGCAUGACCCCAUUGGUGUCUGCGGCCAAAUCAUCCCAUGGAACUAUCCGAUCAACAUGUGGUCCUGGAAGGUCGCCCCCGCGCUUGCGGUCGGGUGCACGAUCGUCAUGAAGCCCAGCGAGAUCACGCCGCUGACGGCCCUGAAACUUUCCGAGUUGAUCGUCGAAGCAGGUUUCCCGCCUGGUGUGGUCAACACAGUGCCAUCGCUCGGUUCCGUGGGCGGCGCUGCGCUCUCAUCACACAUGGACGUCGAUAAGGUCGCGUUCACGGGCAGCACCGUCACGGGGCGCAAGAUCAUGGAGGCGGCGUCGAAGAGCAACCUGAAGAAGAUCAGCCUCGAGCUUGGUGGCAAGUCUCCCCAUAUCAUCUUCGAGUCUGCGGAUCUUGACCAAGCGGCGAACUGGGCUGCGCUCGGGAUCCUGUACAACACGGGCCAGGACUGCACGGCCGGGUCUCGUCUGUUCGUGCAGGAGAGCAUCUACGACAAGUUCAUGCCGAUCCUUGUGAGCAAGGCACAGCAACUCGUGGUCACCGACGGCUUCGACGAGAAGGCGUCUGGUGGGCCAGUGGUAUCGAAAAUCCAGUACGACAAGAUCUUCAAGUAUAUCGGCAUCGGCAAGGAGCAAGGCGCAAAAUGUCUCUUCGGCGGAGUAAAACGCCAAGGCAAGGGUUACUUCGUGGACCCGACGAUCUUCACUGACGUUACGCCGGAGAUGAAGAUUUUCCAGGACGAGAUCUUCGGACCCGUGCUGUCUGUCACUAAGUUCAAGACGGAGGAAGAGGCCGUUGCGCAUGCGAAUAACACCACCUAUGGCCUCGGUGCAGGCCUCCACUCCAAUGAUGCGAACCAGUGCAUGCGCGUAGCCAACGAGCUCGAGGCAGGGACGGUCUGGGUGAACCAGUACAACCUUCUAUACAACAACGUGCCCUUCGGCGGAAAGAAGCAGAGUGGCAUCGGUCGGGAGCUCGGCAGUUAUGCCCUGGAAGAGUACACCUCCGUGAAGGCUGUACAGUGGAACUUUGGCGAGAAACUCGACUUCCCGUUCUAGGCUUGCCGUUCGCAGGAGCGAGAUCUAGGCCGAAUUGUCGAUGGCGGGGUGGAGUAUCAAAGACGAAUUGUAUACCAAUGUACCAGUAGCGAUACUCGAUGAACUUGAAAUGCUAUCGCAAGUGAUUACCUUCCAGAA